AAGGCAGAGACAGAGAGACAGAGAAUCAGAGAGACAGACAGAGUGAAGGUGUGUGGGUGCAUAUGGGUAGAUACUUGUCUGAGUUCCAUGGUGAGAUAUACCGAAAGGGCAGGCUGGCCCUUACUUUAUUUCGAACCUUUGUGCUGUGGCUAGCAGAGGACUGGGUGACUGAAGCGAAUUCGCCGAGCAGACUUAACAUGUAAAUCAGGGCUUUCCUAGCCUCAGUGAGUUGCUCCUCAGUUACGCCCACUGAACAAGAAGCAACAAGCUUUGAGUGAGACUGUGAAAGAAGUGGUGGUCAUUGGGGGUGAGGGACGCUGGGCGAGGAGGGGGCGUUGUUUGGGUUUUGUUUUUUUUUUUAAAGAGAGAUUUGAGAGUCUCACACCUUCACACCUCGUUCUUACGCUUCCUCCGGACUUUUCUCCUCCUUGUUAUCUCCGUGUAUUUAAAGCAGAGCGGGGAAGGAGGGCGCCCGGGAGGCUGAGGCUGAGGGGGGCUGGAGGCUGACUGCAGACGCACCCAGCUGUCUCUCUAGCAAUGUGGAAGCCAGAGCCCUGAACAGGCGCCGGCGCUCAGGUGAUUCGCCUCCAGAUCUACCUAUGCCUCCUCGCCUCCCAGGGCUGGGCGGAGAAAACCGUCCCCUCCCCCUCCUUUGGGCUCCCCCCAAGUGUGUGCCUGCCUCGGCGCCAGGAGAGAUCCCGGGAAGUCUUGGUGAAAGACUGAUAUAGAUAUAAGGACAUUUCUCCAUGGAGUCACGUGACAUAAUUACCACCAGAAUCAAUCAAGAUGAAUUGCACGUCAGCACACGGUGGGGAUUUUUUCUUAGUUGAUCCUGUCCAAAGCCUCUUGUGCAAUAGAUGGAUCUUGUUCAAGGCACGGAAAUCUCCCGGUCGCUCACCAUCGCCCAGAGGAAGACAUGACUGAGUUUGACGACUGCGGCCCCAGCGCAGCCAAUAUGUAUCUGCCGGGCUGCGCUUAUUACGUGGCCCCCUCGGAUUUCUCCAGCAAGCCUUCGUUCCUGUCGCAGACGUCGUCUUGUCAAAUGACUUUCCCCUACUCCUCCAAUCUGCCUCACGUCCAACCGGUGCGCGAAGUGGCGUUCCGCGACUACGGCUUGGAGCGCGGUAAAUGGCAAUACCGGGGCAGUUACGCUCCCUAUUACUCGGCGGAGGAGGUGAUGCACAGGGACUUGCUGCCGCCCGGGAGCCGGAGGCCGGAUAUGCUAUUCAAGGCUGCCGAACCCGUUUGCGGUCCCCACGGCCCCUCGGGCGCCGCCUCCAACUUCUACAGCACCGUGGGGCGCAAUGGGAUCCUGCCCCAGGGCUUCGACCAGUUUUACGAGGCAGCGCCUGGACCCGCGUACCAGCAACAGCAGCAGCAGCAGCAGCAGCAGCCUCAGCAGCAACAGCAACAGCAGCCGCCUCAGCCCAGCGGCGAGCCCGAGGGGGACGCUGAGAAGAGCGGCUUGAAGUCUCCGGCCAGCGCGAGUCCCUGUGGCAAAGCCCCCUCGGGGCCGGAGCCCAAGGGGGCAGCGGAGAGCGGCUCCAGCGGCGAGGCCCCCCCAGGGGAGGCGGGGGCGGAGAAGAGCGGAGGCGCAGUGGUCCCACAGCGAUCGAGGAAAAAGAGGUGUCCCUACACCAAAUACCAGAUCCGAGAACUGGAACGGGAAUUUUUCUUCAACGUGUAUAUAAACAAAGAGAAAAGACUCCAACUGUCUCGAAUGCUCAAUCUCACUGACCGACAAGUCAAAAUCUGGUUCCAGAAUCGCAGGAUGAAAGAAAAGAAACUGAACAGAGAUCGACUCCAAUAUUUCACUGGGAACCCCUUAUUCUGAAAGAUCAAGAAAUCUCUCCCCCUCCCCCUCCCGCAACUCUCACUCACACUCACACUCCUCCCCUCACUCUGCCUGCCCGCCGGAGGCAAAAAGUCAUUGGGUUUA